AUGGAGGAGUCGACAAAUAUCCCCACCGCCCCGAUCAGUCCGCUCCCGCCGGAGCACACAGCGAUGCCCACAACGACGGGAGUUAUUGACGCCGUUUCGGAAUCGAGUUCUCGCGCAACGUCAAGGCCUUCGUUGCGCCGUCAGGUGGGGGUGGUUAUUCUGCCCAAUUCCUACGACGAGUCCGAGUCGACGGCGUCACGCGCCCCGUCGGCAUCCAACUCUGCCGUGCGAGGCGCCACGGCUGCGAAGCGGGGGCGCAGCAGUGCGGAGGUGAGGCAGUCGACGGGGAAAAAAGGCACGGCGAAAGGCAAGGAGGGCACGUCAGCGGUAAAGCGGCCGUCCACAAGGAGCCCCGUGACCACUCCCCCUGUUAGUGCGGCCGCUGCUUCUCCCGCCAGACACGCCUCGGGGCUCAAUCGCCUCGCCUCGUUGACGCGCCUCAGCUCCUCGCAAAAGGAAGGUGACAAGUCGACAUCCAGCACAGGGGCGAAAAAGGGCAGACGAUCUCCAUCCAAGCCGGCUGGAAAAACGAGAGCUUCAUCAGGGAGCAGAGGAAGAGAGAGGACGUUAGGAAAGGAUCGUCGUGGAUCCUCAGCACGGCAGCGACGAUCAAUUGACACGGGGAAGAAAAAAUUUAAAAGAAAUUUGCAAGCAGUGAUGAAUACGGAAGAGAAGUUGCGUGCAGCUAUUGAAGUGGAAUAUGAAGCUGGCUGGAAGGAAAUGAUGAUGGAAAUUGCGAUUGACUCCUUUGAGCCACAGAGAAGAAACAUUUUACAAACUCAAGAAGAAUUGUGCAGGGUGCGUCGUGAGUGUGAUACUGCAAUGAAACGUGCGGAAAAUGCCCUGAAAAGGCUAAUUAAAUGUAACUCUCAUUUUCUUCAAAAGGCACGUGCCACCGGCGUGGAUCUCCUAAGAGAAGAACAUAUCCUUGAGCUUGACGUCCCGCAUACAACACCAAACAUCACAAAUGAGGAAGAAAUAUUGUCAUGCGCAAGAGAUCCUUCUUCCUACCUGACGGAAUCCUACGUACCUGUGAAAAGGAAGGAUGCGGAGCAGGAAGAUGAAAUUGCGAGAAUAGGCCGGUUUUUUCUGGAACUCGCGCAGCAAUUGGAUGGUACUGUUUCCCUAACAGAGAAUAAUUUUAUUCUUACUGUGGAGCAGGCAGAUGAGGUGGAGAAGAAUACGGCAAUGCUUACAUCUUCGUUUUCAUUGCUCAUUCAACGGGUAAAACGCCUGGUUGAGCAGCGGCGACAAAAAAUGGAGUUGAUGCAAGGUGUUAUAAAUGAACAGGCAACUCGUAUGAAGGUGGCGGAUGAUUUUCUUCGAGAGACCACCGCAAAGCAUCGUGUGGAGGUGGAAAGCGCGAUUCAGGUUUGCAGAGAAUUUGGUAUGGAACUUCGCCGGCGGAUGGAUGCCUUGGAAAAGGAUGUACUUGACAAUCUUAGCGAUCUCAUUCAACGGAGUACGGAAGUGUGCAUUGAAAAUAACGCCUUCCAUGACCAUGCGCAGCUGCUACUCAACAAGGAAAGUACCAUUCAGCGCUACAUGUCCAAGAUGGAGACGGUAACUGUGGAACAGGGAAAACUGCUUCGCGAUGUACGUCUUCGACUAUUGCAGUUGUGGAAAGAGCGUUGCGGCGAGGGUGACGAAGAGCGAUCCACACUGGCACACAGUGGCCUGCCAAAUGUUUAUCACACCGCACUGGAGGCAUGUGAUCGUGACACUCUUCUUCGUCUUCUGCACUUCGUUUCCCUGAAUAGCGACGAUGUACCCGCUUUGCUGAUCAGCGCACUGGAUGAGCAUGAAAGUUUUAUAAAAGGCAAUACAGAGGAAGCACGGGCGGUUGCGGAGCGGAGUGCAACGGAGGCGGCGGUGCGUGCACUUCUAGAGAAACUGUACGAAGAGGGAGAUAUUAAAUUUAAUUUACGUCCCUGUUCUGCAUCCAUUGCAGACGCAAUCAACGAAAUGGUACGUCGCUACAACACAUACAUGACGGAAUUGGAUAAGAAGGAGCGCCGGGCAGCGAGAAGAAGAGAUAUGGAGAAGUUAUUUCCUCCGUACCCAUUUUUUGAUAGUCGUACACCUGUGCCAGAGGAGUAUGCUGCAGAAAUAGCUUCGCGUCCACCAGUUCAAAAAAAACGGCCUGCAAUAUGUGACGGCAACGCCAGUCGCAUGCAACCGGAUAUUACAACACCGACUUUCCAAGGCGGAAGCAUCACGCUGCCCGGCAUAAAUCCGAAAAAAAAGGAGGACAACUCCAAUUUUGCGCAGACCUUGACUGAAACCUGCCAUGUAUUGAGCUAUCUGCGACAAAGCCACCCAUCAGCUUUGGAGCCGCCCGGCACCGCCACGGUUGUGGGUUUUGGCCGUUGGGGCGGCAAAUUGGCGCAACGAGGUGCGGAUACUCGCGCUUAUAGUGCGGGAGGAGGCGGUGGUGGUGGUGAUGGUACCAACGCGUCAUCUGCCCAGGAUAACGCUGAAGCUAUUCGAUUUGCUAUAGGAUCCAGGCCCCACCCUCCGCCCCGUGUGCCGCCGCGGGUUUCGAUCAUGCAGCACGUGCUUGAGCAUCACUGCCACGAUGUAAACACACUCCCUGCCCCUCCCCAAUCGCAGUGUAGGCUUUUUCCAGGCGAAGACGCACCGUUUCUCAAACAACAACGAUUCGUCUUUGAAGCAAACUCGUGA